GCAUGACUCUGUGGCUAGGACUACUCGCCACGGCAUCAGCCACGGUUCGACAGAAUGACAGUGCGGUGGAUCUCGGAUGGUACUCAACAAAGGAGUCCGUCGUCACGGAGGCUAAAACGGUGACAGAGCGCUUCGUCACGGAGGCGGCGGCGGUGAGAGAGGAAUUCGGCCAGCGCAUCGCCUCAACCGUAGACACGGUCGCCGGCAUCGAGCAGGGCGACAGACGCCAGUUUGAUGCAUCGCAAUGGCAGUACGAUCGGGAGGUCCGCCAGUGUGAGGGCUAUACCUCUUGCGAGCGGUGCGCCAGCAACAUCAACUGCGCGUGGGAGCAUAAGCGGAGCGCGGCCGUGCGGUGGCGUGACUGCGGAUUCGACCACAUCAUGCCUCCGUACUCCUCGGACUGCACCCAAAAGUGUGUACAUGAUGGUGCAGUCGACCGCGGCAUCACCAUUCGAUUCGCGGCGGAGUGCCCUUCGUCGCCGGAUGGGCCGUCUCUCCUUCUCGGCUGAGUCCGACACGCGUUGUUGGGCGCAUGCCCACGAGACAGCGGAUUGGUAUAUUUACACGCCGCAGAAGAAGACAGGUGACCAGAGGUGCCCCGGAGAGGGUCUCCGCUCUGGCAGCGCCCUGAUUUUGGACGCUGCGCCCUCAGCGUAAAUUCAGUAUAGUUGUGUCUGUUGAGUACGUGCUCUCACGGGCACAGGUCGGCUGUUUGUCAUAUAACAAUCAGGAUAUCACCACACU